AUGCAUGAAACACUAUCUAGUUUGCGCUUUACCAAUGAAAUACGAGGGAGAACCAGUUAGGAAAAAUGGCUGGCGAUACAUUGGGUCAUGUUUUGACAAUUUUACUUGUUUGAUUACUAUCGUUGAAAAAGAGUUUUGAAAAAGAAUAAUAUUUUAUAGUAUGAUUUCGAUUAUACUAUGAGAUGAUAAAAAAUUCAUUGGUUAAUAGACUUGUGUGAUACAAUAAGAUGAUAUUGUAUAACAUAAAGUUGUUUGUAAUACUUUUAUAAGAGAAUUACAAAUGAAAUACUUUUGAGGCAAUAAGAUGCCUGGCAAUCCAUUUAAUAAUGGGACAGCAUUUCGCUAGUCUCAGGGAAUUUUUUAGAAUGGAUAGCAAGAGGCAAUUUUCUAAAGUGUGUGCUAACAUUGUCCACUCCGUACAAUUAGAAAUGAUGAAUCAGGAUGGUACGAAAAAUUUACACGACAGUGAAAAUAAUGGAAAUGUACCUGCAUCAAAUUCGAAUUUAAUUUUACAAGAUGAGUAUAAGGUGGAUGGAAAUUUGGACAACGAUCGUUUAAAUUUAGAUCUAGAUAAUCAUAAUUCUAGAUUUGAAAGUUUGUAUAGUCAACCAGUUGAGACACAAGACUCUAAGCAAGUUUGUAGUAAUGGAAACAUUACAAACGAGAUACAUUUCAAGCAACAUGAGGCAUGUUGUAGUAGUUCUGGAGGUAGUAAUACUAGUACUAGUUCGGAAGAUAGUCCUGUAAAUCCUCCUUUAAGGAGAUCAUCUAAAACAUUAUCAUUUGGAAAACGGAAAGGUAAACAACGCAACAAGGAUCAAAGUCCAGUAUGUACCCAUGUUUUAUCUUCAAAAAAGAAACGAAGUAGUUGGGUAUUGAAAUUUAAUUGUGCUAAAAGUAAGAAUUCUAAAAGCACGGAUAUUAUUUCUGGUCCGGGAAAUAAUAGCUCAGAUUGUGUGUGUACUGGCUACAGAAGAACAGAUGAACACCCUAUGGGUGCUAGCGUUAUAUUUAAUAGCCGAUCGGCACCGCAAAGUCCAGUGCUUGGACCACUUCCUCCCAGUCCCGUAAUCGAUCUUUCAAGAUUUAAUCCAGAGGAAUUUCCAAUGGAAGAUUGCGACGAAAGAGCUCGAUUACAACGUGCUCGAGAAAUAGAGGAAGGUGUUGAGCCUCCUCCUGGAUAUAAGCCUAAUUACCUUUCAGGAAUUCAAGUACAUCCAAAUGGAAUUACGGUAGACAGUUUAGCAGCUCUAUUCCAGGCACAUGCUGGUAUACAAGCUGCUGCUCUCACAGCUUUAUCACAAAUUGAUUUUACGUUAAUUCCUAAUAUUGAAAGGCCAGCACAUACGCAGGUCGAUUAUGUACAUUGCCUUGUGCCAGAUCUUAAAUCAAUUACAGCUUGUUCCUUCUAUUGGGGGAAAAUGGAUAGAUACGAAGCAGAACGUUUAUUAGAAGGUAAACAAGAAGGUACAUUCUUGUUGCGAGAUUCAGCCCAAGAAGAAUUUGUGUUCUCUGUUAGCUUUCGAAAGUAUGGACGAUCUCUGCAUGCUCGAAUUGAACAGUGGAAUCAUAAAUUUAGUUUCGAUGUACAUGAUCCAGGAGUUUACGCUUCGGAAACGAUAUGCGGUUUAAUAGAACACUAUAAGGAUCCAUCUUGUGGUAUGUUUUUUGAACCUAUGCUUACGAUACCAUUGCAUCGAAACUUCGCUUUUCCUUUACAACAUUUAUGUCGUGCGGUAAUUGCGACACGAACGACGUACGAUGGUAUAAAUAAGUUGCAGUUGCCAAAGACGCUUAAAAGCUAUCUCAAGGAAUAUCAUUACAAGCAAAGAGUACGAGUUAGGCGAUUAGAUACCGAAAAUGAUUUACAAUCAGAUGGAAGAUCCAUAUCAUAUUUACCUAUAAUAUGAAUCUUUGGUAUUCAUAUUCAAUAGAACUUACAUUACUUUAUUCAUCUUGCAUUCAUAUCUAUUACUUUACUGCAGUCACGUAUGGCAUAUGUACAGUAGAGGGAUUAACAUCAUUACACGGAGUAUCGAUACUUGUACGAAAAAAUGUAUCAGAUGUUUGCAAGUGUUAAAAAAUUGAAGAAAUAAUGUUUUCUUUUUCUAAUACUAUCCGUCCUUUGUUUCUUUCAUUUUACAGUUUCAGAUAAAAUAUUAUUUCUUUUUAAAAAAUUAUUACAACUUUGCGAUUAUGUUCACAUUUCUAUGAUAAGUAUCGAUAUUUUCAAAAGUAAAGGUUAAUAUAAAGGAUUGUACGAGUAAACAAUUUGGACCCCACUACUUUCAUAUGCACAGUAUUAUAAUGUUGAAGAUCGAAAUUGUUUUACAUAUUUCAUUCAAUAAGAAAUCGCAAUACUAGCAAGUAAACUUUACAUAUUCUAUAUAAAAACAAAAGGAACUCAAGUAUAUAUCAUUCAAACGGUAGUUAAUAUUUUUACUCUGUCAUUUUGUCUUACUAUUUACAUCACAAACAUACAAGUGCAGCGAGUUACACAUAAUAACAUGUAAAUACUUUAUAACAGCUUGAAAUACAUGGUGUAUUAUUAAGUUUUAUAUAUUUCAGUAGUUAAAUUUUUCUUACGAUAUUUUUCGAUACUUGUAAUUUAAUUUUGAUCGAUAUUCGUUCAAAAUUGUAAGUUAGUUUAUACGUUUGUGCUUAGAAGAGAUUGAAAAUGUUAAAAAUUCUGAUACUCUAAUCUUGAGUAUACUAGUUGAAUUAAAAUAAUUAGAAAAUAUAAUUUUUAUCGUUCUCUUUGUGCCUACUUAUGAAACAUGAUCAAUUUAGAAACUAUCAGUGUUCGUGUUCAUCAUUAUUAAAUAAACAAAAUGAAAUUUG